GUGAGGGGAGUCAGGAGAGUAGUGAAGCACAUUACGGAAGGAAAAUAAUAGAGGAGGUGAUAAUCAUGGGUGGUGAUUAUGAAAAGAGCAAGAAGAUACUGAUUUUCGGGGCUACUGGCUACCUUGGCAAGUACAUGGUGAAGGCAAGCGUCUCCAUGGGCCAUCCAACUUACGCCUACGUCCGCCCACUUAAACCUAUUUCCGAUCCUUCCGAUCCCAAGCUUCAGCUGCACAACCAAUUUCAAUCCAUGGGAGUCACCAUCUUCCAAGGAGAAUUGGGUGAACACGAGAAGCUUGUUUCGAUCUUGAAACAGGUAGAUAUAGUGAUUUCUACACUCGCAGUUCCUCAACACCUUGAACAAAUCAAAAUAAUAAACGCCAUGAAAGAGGCCGGCAACAUAGAGAGAUUUGUUCCAUCAGAGUUUGGAAACGAAGUUGAUAGAGUGAAAGGAGCACUACCUCCCUUCCAAAGUCUGCUCGAUAACAAGAAGAAAAUCAGGAGAACAACGGAAGCAGCUGGAAUAUGCUACACUUAUGUCUCUGCAAAUUCAUUUGCUGCCUAUUUUGUGGAUUACUUGCUUCAUCCCCAUAAUCAAAACCUUGACCAACUUACUAUUUAUGGAACUGGGGAAGCCAAAGCUGUGUUAAACUACGAGGAAGAUGUAGCAGCUUAUACGGUGAAAGCAGCCACAGAUCCAAGGGUGUCCAAUCGUGUCAUCGUCUAUAGACCCCCUGCAAACAUUGUCUCCCAAUUAGAUUUGGUUUCUUUGUGGGAGAAGAAGACUGGACGCUCCUUCAAAGCAACUCAUGUUCCCGAGGAAGACAUCAUCAAACUAUCUGAGACCUUACCGUAUCCGGACAACAUACCGGUGGCAAUACUCCACAACAUAUUUAUAAAAGGGGAGCAGGUGAGCUUUGAACUUACGGAGGAUGAUUUGGAGGCCUCCAGACUCUAUCCUGAGUACAAAUACACUUCUAUUAAUCAACUCCUUGACAUUUGUUUGGUUAAUCCUCCCAAGCCCAAAUUAGCUGCUUUUGCCUGAUUUCUUCUUCUUUUGCCAACUCUAAUGUACUUCUUUCAUUAUGCGUAAUUAUAUAUAUGGUUAUGUGUAUCGCUUCUUUCACCUUAAGUGACUCUAAACUUGACUAAAUCACCGAUGUAGCGAGUGAAUUUCCUCGCUUUCCAUGGAACUAAAUAAAGUGAUUUCCAUUUCUUCUACAAGGUCUUUU